GGGUCAUGGAGUAUCCGAGUUGGAGAUAAUUUUUUUGUGAUUGACACCAGAUCAGAGCUAAAAGAACGACGUGUUGCUGUACCAGAGUUAUCCGUGCACUUGCUGGGCGGGAUUGCUGUCCUCUUGCCAUUUUCUCUCUACCCUCUCCUGGGUGGGUGUUUUCUAUUUGGAGGUCCGAAAGACUGCCCGUGACGUGCCAUGGGCAAGCCCGAGCAACCGUCCACUGUGGAGACACGUAAAAGGAAGUCCGAUGAUGUGAGUGGUGAGGACGUCUCGCCACAGAAAAAGAAGAAAAAGGACAAGAAGAAGCAGCGUGCAAGGGAGAUGGACACUGAAAUGUCUCCAUCAUCCAGUACCGUAAAUAGUCCAGUGGUAGGAAAGAUCAAGAAGGAGAAAGUCGGCAGUACCGGUGUCGAUGUUGGUGAGCCGCAUGGGAAGAUCAAGAAAGAGGCGAAGAAGCACAGACCAGCAGUGACCGAGGCGGCAUCUCCAUCAGCUGCAACACCUGCUGAAACAUCAGUAACAGAGGAAGGUCGCCACUACACUGUGUCGCUGGCCUUGCCUGGCUCGAUCAUUGCCAACGCACAAAGCCUGGAGCUGAAGUCCUAUCUUGCAGCACGUAUUGCCCGUGCCUGUGUAGUGUUCAGGGUUGAUGAGAUUGUCAUCUUUGACGAAACCACCUCGCAGAAGCACACACCGCAGAACGAUCCCAAUACGUUUCUUAGUCAUCUACUUCAGUACUUGGAAAUGCCUCAGUAUCUGAGAAAGUCCUUUUUCCCACAUCAUGCCAAUCUUCGGUGUGCAGGCAUGCUCAGCCCACUGGACACGCCACAUCACAUGAGCAUGGAGGACGAGUGUGAGUAUCGCGAAGGCGUCGUCCUCAACAGACCUGGGCCUGCGGGAGCAAGCGCUGCGUCUUACGCCAACUGCGGCCUGCCCAAGGAGGUGCGUGUUGACAAGGCAAUUCAGCCAGGCACACGAGUGACCGUCAAGUUCAAUCCUAUCCCGAAGGCGGAUGCAGAAUCUAAAAUUGCUGUUGGGACGGUAGUUUCUCCAGCGGAACCGAGAACUGCCAGAGGUCUGUACUGGGGUUACAGUGUUCGCUUUGCUGAGAGGUUGAGUGCCGUCUUCACCGACUCUCCUUUCCAGGGUGGCUAUGACCUGACCAUUGGGACGUCGGAGCGUGGCGAGUCGAUUGACAAAGUCGGCAAACUUCCCACCUUCAAGCAUGUGUUGAUAGUGUUUGGUGGUGUUCGAGGCCUGGAGUAUAGCUUGGAAGCUGAUGAGAUGCUGGUAGUGGAUGAUGUCAGUAAACUGUUCGAUCUCUACUUCAACACCUGUCCUGAGCAGGGCAGCAUGACUAUCCGAACAGAGGAAGCAAUUCCGAUCAGCUUGCAAGCUCUGCGACCGAAGCUCAAUGCCAGUGGCUACCGCCCCUCAAGCUAACCAAUCUCAAACACUGCUGUGAAGUGCACGUGUCAUCUCUCUGCUGCUACUUGAGCUGCCGGAGAUUUCGCCGUUGCUAUAGGCAACCAUGGUGCUCCAGCCCGUGUUGCUCCGACAGUGGUGGGUGUGCGUCACCAUGGCUAUGAUCAACCGGAGCGUCGCCGGGUGCCAACUGUAACUCC